AUAAGUGUAUUCUUUGCAAAACCAACAAAUCUCGUUUUCCCGUAGACGCUAUAGCUAAUGUCCCUGACAUAUUCAUUCUUAAUAAAUUUUCAGCGCGUUUACGAGAUUAUUUAACGGUUUUUGAACGAACCCUAGGAUCUGAGCUUGCUUAAGCACAGAGUUCUUCUUACAACCAUGAAUGACAAUGACGGUGGGGAUGAUAAUCUUUUAUCACAGGCUUUUGCAGUAAGUAAAGUGCCAGACAAUUAUGACCCAUCAGUACCACCAGCAUCAGCAGAAGAGUAUCUUCAGCAUGUAGUAUGGGAGGCUCGUCAGUGCAAAGAAGUAGUAACAGUUGAUGUUGACAGAAAGAAACUUAAAAAGUUAGGAGCAGUAGUUAAGAAACCAGUGAAAGAAAAUGCCCCUGUCGGAUAUGCUCCGUCUGCACAAACUCAGAAGGACUUACUAUCAGCAUUUUCUAAGUUACGCACGCAAAUUGCUACAAUGAGAGCUUCAGAAGAGGUUCCAAAUGCUCCAGUUCCUUUGCCUGGUAUUAAAAAGAGGGAAGAAUGGUGCAAGUUUUGUUUUGGAAAUAGUUUCCAACUUGCUUUGUUGAACAAAGCUGGCAGCACCACUCCAAAACCAGAAUUGAUAGAAGGUCAUCAGCCUCUUCUCAGUAUUGUCUUGAAUAUAAAGCAGAGAGGUAUUGAAAAUCUCUUAGAAUGGCAUGCCCAGUGGCUAGAAGUGCUUGGAUUUUCAAAGCCUCAAGGUCAAUGGUUUUAUGCUCUUCUAGCUUGCCUUGAAAAGCCUGUUACACCAGAGAGUUGUUCUCAGAUUCGUCACAUUGCUAGAAUGUGUGCAAAAAUAAGAGCAUCGCUGGAUUCUGCUGAUCAUCCUGAUUUACCACAGCUCAAUGUUAUAAUCUGCAUUGUCGCUAGGUAUUUCAGUCAAGAGGAUCUUGCUGAUGGAUGAGAUUCGUAUGAUGUGAUGUGAAGUUCUGUAUUAGGAUUAGUGAUUACAGUAUGUUAUCAAUGUAAUAAAAAAUUUUCUGAUUA